CAGUUUUCUUGCCUCUCUUUCUCCCUCUCUUUGCUCUUUGCUCUUACUUUAUCCUCCUUAAGUCAAGUUAUUAGCCACAGUAUAAGAUGAUUUUUAGUUUUCAAUUUGGUUCAACUCAAGAAACUCAGCUAAACAUAGCGUCAUGUAAACAUUGGCCUUUCCUAACUUACGUCUUCACGUUUAUUCAACUGCCUGUGCCUAAUUGAUCAACACAAUGAUUACAAUUUGAAUUACUUUAUUAUUUACUUUUUGCAUUAUAAUCAUCUCAAGUUUAAUUUUGCUUCAUCAAAAUGGAUUAGUGCUAUUGGUUCCAGUAAAUUCAACAAUCAAAGAUGAUAACAUUUUUACAUUCACUUUUCACCAAUGAUUAUUACUGUGUUUACUGUUGAUAUUGUGAAUAUUAUGGAAACCAUUUCAAUUUGUUCAACCACCAAAUGUCGUUCAGUGACCAUUUAAAUCAGUUUUUGUUAUAUGUGAUUACCAGUUAAUCAAAUUCAAAUGGUUCCAAGUGAUUUAUUUCAUAUUACAUUGUUUCUAGCAAUAACAAGUCUUUCAACAUUUGCCCGAGCGGGUGAACCAGGUGAUUUAGCUGUAAACUCGUUGACAUUAGAUGAUCCAAGAAGACUUGGUCCACAAGAUCUGCCUGAAUUAACUGGAGUCAAGACUGAAAAUGCUCAAUCCAGAUCAAAAGGAUCAUCUGGAGGCUCCAAGCUAACCGAUACAUCUGUUGAAACUACUUUAGGUUUCAAAGGCGGAAACGGUGAAUCAGUUGGUGUUGUAAACGGGUCAACUGCAAACAUUAAUGAUAGAAAAGGAAAUAAUGAUGAAUUUCUCGGCCAUGGUAAAAAGGGCAGCCAGACAGAUUUAACUUCAUCAAGCACAUCACUUGAUAUUGGUAGGAAACAUUUUCUUCGUUUAUUGGAGCCCUUAUCAAAUUACUCCAAACCGAUUGGAUCAACUUUAAGACUUAAAUGUAUAUUUGAAAGUAAUCCUGGCAAGAUUAAAGUUUCUUGGUACAAGAAUGAAGCCCCUUUGGAGCCUGAUGAACGAAUUGAAAUCAAACAAAGCAAACCCGCCAAGGAGAAAACUGUCGCCAGACUGAAAAUACAGUCAGUUAUGUUCCUAGAUUCAGGAUUUUACAAGUGUGAAGCCAAUAAUGGAAAGGACACCAUGGAAAGUGUAGCUAUCGUCAGAGUUGAUGGAGAUGAUAUUUCUUCCCACCUCGGGGUCAUUCCUACCAUUGAUGAUGAAGUUGUUCCCGAAUUUCCACAGUUGAACUCUGAAAGCGGCAUUAUUCCUGGUUACAUUGAUAAAUUUGACGUCGAAGACAAGGUGAAGACAAAUUUCUGUGAACCUUAUCGAGGAACUGUUUGUUCACAAGUUAUUGGAAAUCAAACAAUUUAUGUUGAAACUGAGGGCAGUCAAGAUAUAUUGGAAGGAAAGAUUGUCGGAGUUUUCACUGUUAUCAAAUCUUCUAGAGACAUAUCACAUCAAUGUCAUCGAUUCGCUAUUCCUUCACUUUGUUUGUCUAUAUUUCCACUUUGUAGUCAAGAUCUUCAUCAUAUGCUUCAACAUAAACCCAGACAGGUUUGCCGAGAUGAAUGUGAAAUGUUGGAACAUCAAAUAUGUCACUUAGAGUAUACCAUUGCUAAGCGCCAUCCCUUAAUUGGUCAAGCAAAUUUAUUGCCUGCUUGUGAAAAAUUGGCACCAUCAGGCUCGAUAGAAAGUGCUGAUUGUGUACGAUUAGGAGUACCAAAUGUUGUCCAAGUCAUCCAAGAUGAUACAUGUUAUCAAGAUAAUGGGGAAAAUUAUCGAGGAACUACAUCACGAACAGUAACUGGAGUUGAUUGUGCUCCUUGGCAUCAACAAGUUUUUUAUAAGACUGCUGAUUAUCCUGAGCUUAUUGGUGGACAUAAUUAUUGUCGAAAUCCUGGUGGAAUGGAAUCUCAACCUUGGUGUUUUAUUCGUGAGCCAGAGAUGAAAAAAGUUUAUUGUGAUGUACCAAGAUGUGUUGACAAUUUUUGGGUUUACAUUGUUGUUCCAAGUCUUGGUGCCCUAGUCCUGUUUAUACUUUUAUUAGCUUUAUGUUGCCUUCGACGUAAACCUCGAUCUAAAUCUUCUGGUCCUCAAUUUAAUUCUGGACGUCAAAGUGAAUCUUCAAUAUCAAAUUUACAAUCAAGUCGAAAUGGUGUUGGUGGAAGUGGAUCAGUUGAAAUGAACUCAUUAUUACCUAAAAAGCAAUCACAUGCAACAGAAUAUCCAUUAUCUUGUUUAAAAUUUAUUGAAGUUUUAGGUGAAGGAGCUUUUGGUAAAGUGUAUCGAGGUGAAUUGAUUAUGUCACUUAAUGAUACUGUACCUAUUGCCAUAAAAACAUUGAAAGAAGAUGCUAAUAUGAAAACUCGACAAGAUUUUCAACGUGAAGCUGAUUUAAUGGCAGAUUUAAUUCAUCCAAAUAUUGUUUGUCUUCUUGGUGUUUGUUUUAAAGAGGAACCAAUGUGUAUGAUGUUUGAAUUUAUGUCAGAAGGUGAUCUUCAUGAAUAUUUGAUAACUCAUUCUCCAGGUAGUGAAAUGGUUAAUAAAGAUGGAACAAGACCUCGAGUUUUAGAUAUAAAUGAUUUUCUUCAUAUUUCAACUCAAAUUGGUGCUGGUAUGGAGUAUCUUGGAAGUCAUCAUUAUGUUCAUCGAGAUUUAGCAGCUCGAAAUUGUCUUGUUUCUGACCAUUUAACUGUAAAAAUAUCUGAUUUUGGUUUAUCUCGUGAUAUUUAUGCAUCGGAUUAUUAUCGUGUUCAUUCAAAAUCUUUAUUACCAGUUCGUUGGAUGCCACCUGAAUCAAUUUUAUAUGGUAAAUUUACAACUGAAUCAGAUGUAUGGUCAUUUGGUGUUUUACUUUGGGAAAUAUUCUCAUAUGGAUUACAACCUUAUUAUGGUUAUACAAAUCAACAAGUAAUUGAUAUGAUAAGAGGUCGUCAUUUAUUACCCUGUCCAUCUGAAUGUCCACCAAACAUUUAUUCUCUAAUGAAUCAAUGUUGGACUGAAAAUCCAGCACAAAGACCUUCUUUUAGUCAACUUCACCAAAGAUUGAGAAAUUGGAAAGCAGUUUACAGUAACACCAUUGCAUCAACUACAUUACCUUCAGCUAGUAGUCAUUCAUCUAGUCAUUCUGGUAUUAAUUUAAUGGGCUCAACUCUACCUCAUCAUCAUAAUCAUAAUCAUCAACAUCAACAGCAUCAUCAACAACCGCAACUUCACAAUCAACAUAAAGUUUCAUUAACUUUAGGAUCUCGUUCAACAUCAGGAGGAAUCGGAGGAGAUGGAAGAGAAGGAAGAACUGUUGCUAAUAAUAAUCAAAAUCUUCACCAUCAUCUGAUUCAAUCACCAACAUCGUCAUCAUCGCCGCAUUCAUCAUCUUCAUUAUCUCAACAUUACGGAUUAACAACAAAUGUACGACAAAAUAAAGAUGCUGGGUCACCUUUACUUACACAACAAAAAUUUCCAGUUAUGAAUCAUCAAACAAUUCAACAACAUUUUAAUGGACAUCAAAAUCAAACACCUUACAUAUUAAAUCAGCAUCAUUUUAUAACAACUAAUCAUGGAUCAAAUUCACCAUCAAAUUUAAGUAAUCGAAGUAUUCCAACAAUGACAGGCCAUACAUUCAAAGGUCAUCACAAUAGUGCAUUUAAUUAGCAGAAAUUUAAUUUUAUAAAUUGGUUCAAGCAAAGAUUAUCAAAACCAUUCGAGGUUUAUCAUCCAAUGACGAACCUUCAUCUUUUUUUAAAUAAACUUGAAUUUCUCAAAAAA